CGGGAGCUUCUUGGUUGGGCGUUCCAAUUUCUCCUAUUCAUAUAUAUAAAAGUGACACUUCUCUGCUAAAUAGUUUCUGUCGCCUUGGAGGAGGGAGACUACUGAUUCUGUGAAAGCUGUAUUUAAAUUGUAUUUUAACAAUAUGGCUUACCAGCAGAAUGUGGGAAAAGAAUUCCGUCGUCUCUCAACUAAGUAGCUGUUUUUCUCCUGAGACAUCGAUAUCACCUCAAAUCUCUUGGUGUGAAUCAUGGAGACUACACCGAUAAAACUGACGCCUGUUGAUGAAACUACACCGAAUACAGCCCUGUCUUCAUCCAGAAGGUCCAGUGCAGUCAAGCCCAUGAGUGCUUCACUGAGGGAGAGGUUAAAAAGAUCACGGCACUCAUUCAGCUCACCCCAAAGUGUGGUUAAACGCCUUAAAAUUGAAGAUGACAAGCAGCCACAGACUUCAGGAGCAGAAGACACUAAUCAGAAUGUGACUGACAACAAAAUGAAUGAAACUGAUGUCAAUCAGAAUGAAAUGAGGGAGACAAGAGACUGUUCAAAUCACACAGCUGAACCUGUUGAAGAUUUGAUUCAGCUAUGUGAAGAACUAAAAAAAGAAGUGAAAGAGAAAUCAGAAACCUUGCGAAGAUUAAAGAUGGUCAAAAUGUAUAGAACAAAGAAUGACCUGACCCAGCUGCAGAGGCUAAUAGAGAAAUGGAGAUCCUGUGCCCAGUCUGUGCUGUAUGAAUUACAGAGCAAACUGUCUACAGAAGGCAAAAAAAUCAGUCUGUCCCAGCUUAUGGAUAGCUUUGGUUUAGAUGACAAUAUAUUGCACUUUGAUAGGACUGAGGAAGACUUCACAGACACCUGAAAUGUAUUACACACAUUUUAUUGUCUUUGUUUAAAGUGGUCAUAACCCAUCAGCAGUUUUGCUUAAAGCAUUUUUAGAGCAGGUUAUUACAAAACAUUUGAAUGGAUAAAUUAUUCAGAUUAUACUGUAAAUGUAACUGAUAAGACAGUGUGCAGUGUGAAUUUU